CAUAUGAGACCAUCAAGGAUACGCACCUUUAAAUAUGCCUAUAAACGUGUAAGAGGAGAGGACCAAAGAGCAGGAUUGCACUGAUUUUUCAUGCUUUAAACAGUCUUCCAGGAAAAAAAGCUUCUCUAAACCACAGCAGGAGUGAAGAAGGGAAAGGCAAGCAAAAGGGGGAGAGAGAGAGAGAGAGAGAGAGAGAGAGAGAGAGAGAGAGAGAAAGAGCAGUAAUAGGAAAAAUGCUGUGCCAGAUUGAUCCUAUUGAAGGCAUAGAUGAGGAAAUUCUGUCGUUUUCUUUUUCAAACAUGAUCUAGAGGCAGGUCUGAACAUCCUCCAGGCUUCUAGGGUACGGAUGCUCUACUGUAUUUCCCCAUCUUUGAGAGCCGGUGUGGUAUGUUUGGGGAUCGAUGUAAUGUCUGAUUGAGUGUAUCAAUGCUGCUGCUGAGUGGAUCUCUGUGGUCGUGGAAAAAAACUAGGCCUUGUUUGCCUGCUGAUCUCCACGCAGGGAACGCGGAGCACGGCUGAUUCUCAGCCAUUUGGGACCGUGCAGAGAGAGAAAGAGAGGGAGAAGCUCAGCAUCUGCAUGCCCAUCAGAAGCAGCAUGCUUAAUAGAGACAUCCAUUACCAAAGGUUGAGCACAAGCAGGCAGGGGCUAUAACGGCAGGAUGGUAGCAUGGUAAAUUCAUUUCCACCCCUUUAAAUUGUCUGGACUUAAAAGCACUGUUUUUUUUCUAUCCGGUCAAAAUCUACUUGAAUGACAGGAGGAAUGUUGCUGUAACACUUCCUGUUUUGUUUAUCGUAGUCUUCCUUUUUUUGCUUGCCAAUUGCUUCCUUCAACUUGACAUUCUGAAAAUUUGCCAAAACCUGUUUCAUGCAUGUCCACUGGAGGCAGGUUUGACUUUGAUGAUGGGGGGUCGUACUGUGGAGGGUGGGAACAGGGCAAGGCGCAUGGCCGAGGGGUUUGCACGGGGCCCCAGGGCCAGGGCGAGUAUGUGGGGGCCUGGAGUCAUGGCUUUGAAGUUCUUGGAGUUUACACUUGGCCCAGUGGGAACAGUUACAAGGGAACCUGGGCACAGGGCAAAAGGCAUGGCAUUGGUGUGGAAAUCAAAGGGAGAUGGGAGUACAAGGGUGAAUGGACACAAGGGUUUAAGGGCAGGUAUGGCAAGUUGGAAAGCACUAGCAGCGGCUCCUGUUAUGAGGGCACCUGGAGUAAUGGCUUACAGGAUGGAUAUGGCUCGGAGACCUAUUCCGAUGGAGGUACAUACCAGGGCCAGUGGUUGAGUGGUAUGCGUCAUGGCUAUGGUAUGCGACAGAGUGUGCCUUAUGGCAUGGCUGCCAUCAUCUUCUCCCCCAUGUGCACUUCCAUUAACUCGCUUCGCUCUGAUCACAGCGAAGGGGUCCCCACUCCAGAAGAUGGCUCUGGUAUCAGUGGGGUCUCUGGGAGUCCGUUGGGGCGCAGCGGCUUUGUACUUUGUGCUCAGAGUGAAUCAGACAGGCACAGGAAGAGGAAAGGGCGCUUCCGACAGUCCAUACUGAGUGGUUUGAAGUUGCGUAGGUCUGAAUCCAAAAGCUCUUUGGCCAGCCAGUUAAGCAAGCAGAGUUCCUUCUGCAGCGAGGCAGGUAUGAGCACCGUCAGCUCUGCCGCAUCAGAAAUCAACUCCAAUAUCAGCCUAGGUGAGGCUGAGGCAGGGGGCAGCAUUGAUGCCACUGUCACAGAAACAUAUGCUGGCGAAUGGAGGAAUGAUAUGCGAUCGGGGUGGGGUGUAAGUCACCGCUCAGACGGGCUUCGCUAUGAAGGUGAGUGGUUCGGAAACAAACGGCACGGAUAUGGCUGUACCACCUUUCCCGGCGGAACCAAGGAGGAAGGAAAAUACAAGCAGAACACUCUGGUGAGUGGCAAGCGGAAAAACCUUAUACCACUCCGCACCAGCAAAAUCCGUGAGAAGGUUGAUCGUGCUGUGGAAGCCGCGAAGAAAGCUGCAGACAUUGCCAAGCAGAAGGCUGAGAUUGCAUUGUCCAGGACGAGCCAUGCUAGAGGAAAGUCAGAGGCUGCAGAGGGAGUUGCACAGAGAGCUCUGGAGGAGUGUUGUCUAGCCAGGGCUAUUGCCAAAGAACUCUCACCCUCUUUCCAUCACUAUGGGAAUGGACUGGAGUGCCAGAGGCCAAAGCAUCAGGACGGGAAAGAAAAAGACAUGGAGGUGACCUCCACUGGCACAGACAGUCCUGAGCUCUGUACACCAGACACAACACCCCCAGCCCAGACGCCCAACCUGAGCCCAGUUCUGAGCAACCCCUCCUCGCCCUCUUGCAGCCCGCCAACUCAUCGCUCCAGAAAUGCUUGCUUCAUGCGCCAGACCGCCGUGGACGAACAAGGAGGCGCUGAGAUCCAGGUUCUCAUAGAAGGUAGAGGCACGGAUACCCUGAGAGGUGGAGCCAACAGCUGGACCGCUGACAUGUAUCCUCAUAGAAGGGGAAGUAAAGGGGAGAGCAGUCGCUCCACAACUCCAUCCCUACUGGAAGAAGAGAUCGGCCACAUUAACGGACAUGAGCAGACCUCCUCAACGCAUCACCCAUGGGAGAAUGGUUCCUCGAAUCACAAGCCAGUUGAGCAUAUGGUCCAUGAGAAUGUGUGGGAUCAAAUGUCCUCCAACCAAAAGCACUGGAAGUAUGUGUCCUUGAAUCAGAAAUCCAGGGAACAUAUCAUUUCCAGGGAAAGAGACUGGGAUCAUACACCAUCCAAUCAGAACUCAACUGUUGAGUACGACAAUUCCCAGUACAAACCACAGGUGCACAUAAAUUCCAACCACAAGGGUCAUGAUUUAUCCAAUCACAAGACCGAUGAGCAUGCUUCCACCAAUCAUAAACCAAAGGACUUUAUUUCUACAAAUGAAAAAACACAUGUUUCCUACCAUUAUAACCCCCAAGAGCAUGUUUCCUGUUAUCACAAACAACAUGAGCAUGUCCACUCCAACCACAAGCCAAGAAAGUCUUUUAUCAAUCACACAAUCGGCGAGUCUAGCUUGAACGCCUACCAGCCGUCAGACCGUGGAGCCAACAAGUACACCCUGGGAUGGACUGUUGAAAACAAUUCCCAGCGGAUCUCAUCCCAUUCACAUGUGCAGGAGAAAGAAGUCGGAAAUGAUUAUCAGGUUGAAAUGAGGUUCCAGCCCCUAGACUCCAUUUCCAAACAGAACUUUGGCUCUGGCAUGAAAUGCUCAAGUCUCCAAGGGCACAAUUUGCAGAUGCUACGUCAGCGAAACCAUGAAUGCAAAGAAUGGAGUCUUGCAGCCAGGGAGGGGUCCAUGGACUCUGUGCAGAUGCUCGACACCUUGAAUGUCGGGGUGGACAUGGAGGAGCGGCCUUUGCACCGGGAAAUUACUCUUUCACCCCCUUUAACUUCCUCUCCAGAAACCCUGGACCAAUAUGUAGAGCAUCUGGACCUGAUGAAGACAAACUCAGGCUCAAGCACUGUCCUGGUGGUCCUGGUGGUUUUACUCAACAUCGGUGUUGCCAUUUUGUUCAUUCAUUUCUUUAUUUAAACAUAUGUCAAUAACAGAAUUGUCAUCAAGAGUAAAAUAUGCACACAACGCACACUUAGCACCACUUCUUAAUAUAAGGAACCCGAAAAAUACAGUGGUUAAUAUCUGUCAGUUGGGGCAAGCCCAUGUAAAUUGCAAACUUCUAUUAUGGUUCAAUUUAUUAUAUAUUUCCAUCAAAAUCCAUUAGUUAAUGUUGCUUAAUUUUUUUCCUUGAUUCACAAUAAAGAUCCAUUUACAACAUUGUGUAGAACUGAAGUAUGACACACAUUUACUGUAUACAGCUCGUCUGAUAUGUUUUACCACAGAUUAUUUCACAUUUAUUUAUUUUCUAAAUGGCACAUUAUCGAUGCAACUCUUCAUAUGCAACCAAACAGUCCAAGUCAACACGCCCCCCUCUGCAGUAUAUUCCAGGGUACAGCCCUAUAUAAUCGCUGCAGACACUCAUUUCUUCAUCUGUCAAUAAACAACUCUCUCAUCUACAUACCCAGAUUUGACAUAACUGUACGUCUGUGGUAAGAGCUAUCUUAAAGGGCUUCAUCAUCGCACUUUUGUAUCAUAACAAACUCUCAUGAAUAAUUCAAUAUUCACUCAUGAAUCCCGCCUCACUCAAUUGCAGCACAAUGCAGUUGUGCCCUUUGUUUUGACUCUAUUGAGCACCUCUAUGCCAGACUCACUAUUAAAGACUCGUCUUUCCUUGUACACCACGUGACAUAAGAGUACAACAGAGGUGCGGCGGUGGUUGUUUUCUGGCUCAUACUCGAUAAAGUUUGAGACUGUUAGCACUGUUUUCGAUAUGUAUUCUAUAUAACUGAGCAGUUAAAGGCAUAGUUCACCCAAUAUUCUUCCACAUAUUUUUGGCAGAACUAUCCCUUUAACAUCUUUUAACAAGUUUGCAAGAUAUUAUUGAUAUGCUGAGUGCCUUUUAUAAUUGAGAAACCAUCCCAGCGGGCAGGUUAUAUACAGGUGACCGCACAUACAGCGGGCACGUGAACAGUAUGUCUCUAUGCCACCCCACCUAUGAACAUGUUGACUGAAGAUCUGAGCCUGUGGAGAUUUAUACAGCAUGUUUUCUCGCCUGUUCUCUUCUGCUGUUACUCUUCUGUGUGAUUUUCUCCCUGUCUCUCUGUCCAGCAACUUGGAUAACGAUCGGGACUGAAAGCAGUGUAAAAAAUACCAGCUUAUGUUUCUCAGUGGGACCUGACCGACAUCACCUAAAUUCAUUGAAUGAUAAACUGCUAUUGUAUAUUUUAUACAACUCAUCCAGUGAAGUCAUCAUGUUGUGAGAUCAUUGCAUGCCUAAGCAUGCCCUUUCUUACGCAACGAUUUAUGAGAUUGUUUCCAAGUUAUGUGGAAAUUAAUAAAAUG